CUCUGUUGUUUUUGACGUUGACAGCCCGCCUGCAUGUAGGAAAACUCUGAGCAGACACGGAGCUAUUUCAGCGCAAAUGUGACGUUUUCUGUCCCCCGUGUUGAAGGCUUCAGUCACAAUGUAUCUGAAUCCUCCAGUUGCUCUUCAGUCGUUUUCUGAGAAUGGGAUCAUAGUAAGCGUCUCUGAGAAUUAGAUCAACGGCCAGUAUGUUGCAGCAGCUUUUCAGCACAACAGGUGACAGCCUGUUAGGAAAUGUACUUCUUGGCCAAAAAUAUCCAACAAGGGUGUUGUUCCUCGUCCUUUGCAUGGGUUCCUUCUGGCUUCCAGGAGCAGCAGGAACCACCCUAAACUGUCAUAAGACUUGCAUUUGUGCUUCAAAUAUAGUUAGCUGCUCCAAGAUGAAUCUGAGCACCGUUCCUACAAGCCUACCGCUCUACACCUCCGUGCUGGAUCUGAGCUAUAAUGAAAUUACAAAGUUACGGUCAGAUUGGACCAUACAAAGUCUCCCGAAUUUACACAACCUUCUGCUCAGUCACAACGGACUUCAUUUCCUGUCUUCAGAGGCUUUUGUAAAUGUAAAGAACCUGCACUACUUAGACUUGUCCUCCAACAGCUUGCAGCAGGUGGAUGAGUUCGUUUUUGAGCCUUUGGUCAAAUUGGAGGUCCUCCUGCUGUACAAUAACCUAAUAACCACAAUCGACCGCUCAGCCUUUAUUACCAUGAUCAACCUUCAGAAGCUCUAUCUUAGCCAGAACAAAAUGUCCCGCUUCCCCCUGGAACUGCUCAAGGAAAAGUCUCGUCUAGAGAAGCUUAACCUCCUGGAUGUGUCUUCAAACAAGAUAAAGAUGGUGCCCAUACAUGAGCUCCAGGCACUGCCCGCUUGGAUUAAAAAUGGUCUCUACUUCCACAACAACCCUCUCCCGUGUCACUGUGAUCUCUACACACUCCUUGCCCACUGGUACAUUAGAAAGCUCAAUUCUGCUGUGGACUUUAGAGACGACUACACGUGUGUUCUGCCUGCCCCGCAAAAAACUCAAGUCGGUGUUUUUGAGCUCAGUGGUGACUACAUGAACUGCAGCACCUUCAAGGAGGCAGAUGAAGAGGCCUUUCUGGAACAAACACUGACCAUUGGCUGUGAUACUAAACAUAGAAACAUGAAAAAGACCUGGCUGAUGCCUGGUAAUGUGGUGGUGAUGCAGGGAAACAAUCAGUCAGCAAAGGUUUUACCAGAUGGAAGUCUCCAGAUUAGCCCAGUGAGGGUUGAAGACUCUGGGACCUACACCUGUGUUGCAAUGAGCGAGGCCUUCAAUGAGACAAUCUAUGUGGUGCUGAAGGUUCACAAUUUCACCAUGCACGGAGUUGGUGAGACCCUCAACACAGCCUACACCACAUUGGUAGGGUGCCUAGCCAGCGUGGUGCUGGUGCUAAUGUACCUAUACCUGACACCGUGUCGCUGUUUCUGCUGCCCCAACAAGGGCAAAGCGCGAGGAGAGGACAGUAUCCACUCCUCCAUGCUUAGCGUGACACCGACCCAUGAGGAUCCAGUGCUCAAGGCCGUGCUGAACAGGCACGUGGCAUUUAUAGACUCCAAGGACUUGCAAGGCCAGAAUGGCAAGCUGAACCCUAAUGGGGAGGAAGAAGAUGAUGAUGAUCUGGACGCAGAGGCUGGCUCGGUACAGAAUGGGAGGAGGAAGAAAUCUGUAGCCGAGUCCAUUAGCUCUGUAUUCUCAGACACUCCAAUGGUUGUCUGAGGUGGAACAGAAAAUGGAUCCCUCCUGAUGAUGUAAAUGUAUGAGCCAUAGACUCGCUGAGACCAAGAGAACAGUGAAAAUGAAAUGUUCAACUGUAGCUGCUGGCAGAAUAUGUAAACUGUUAUUGACAAGGACAAAGAGCAGGAUUUUUCCAGCGUUUUAAUCUGUAGCACUUAUUAUUCAUACUGUGAAGGAGCAGCACUGUAUGCUUAAAGUGGAAACUACUGCAGUCUUACAAAAGCAAACGGUAGAUGACCUGUCGUUUAUCAGCACUCAGGAAAUAAAUUAAAUGGCUAAAGUGGGGGAAAUAUCACAAUGCAGGGAUGAUAAUUCAAUUUGACAAAGUAUUUGAACUAUAAUAUAUAAAAAACAUAACUGGCUUAUAAAAUAGAUUUUAACUGAUUUGUAAACAAGCACAUAGACAAAUACAUAUAUAUCUGUCACUGAUUUUGAUUUUCAUUUGUAGAGAAGCAGCAUGCCAUUAACUUACAUAUGUAUGAGUGAGAUAAAGAAAAGACUGAUAUGAGCGUAUUAGUAGAUAUAUUAAGAAAUAUACUAGCACAUUCUGCUUCAUAGCUGCUGCCUAGUUGCACUUGGAUAUCGCUCAUCCCAUAAACCUGUAUCAUGACAGCAGGCUUUUUUUGCUUUGCCUUGGCAAGUUGUAACAUUACAUAGAUAUAUGUUACAAAUAAGUUACUCAAUUCAAGGCAGAUUAUCGUAUAUCAAAAUUGUUGCCUGUUCGUUAUUGCACAUCUACAUUGCAAUCCAUUUGAAGCCUUAUUAAAAAAAAAACAGAACCCCUUCAGAAGAUGGACAGUAAAUGCAAGGAAGUAUUUUGACUGAUUAUCAGCAUAUUGUCUGUCCUGUAAAUGGAAAGUUGUCAAAGCCCAUACAAGGACAGUUUUAUGUGUCCUCCAAGUGUACUGAGGUGCCACUUAAAGGAGCCAUUCUG